AUUAUCAUAAAUAUAAAAAAAUUAGGUAAGUGACGCUAGGGUUUAUUCCGACGCCCAUGGACGCUCCGGGGAAGAGGAAAUCCCGAGAAGACGAGUUCCAUGACGAGCCGGAGGCGAUCAAGAGGCAGACGAUUCCAAACGUCUUGGACGAAGAAGGAGACGGCGGCUCUCUCCCGGGCCUCGCCGUUUAUACGGGCAUCGACGACGAGGAGAUCACGGGGAGGAGAGAGCAGUCGAGUGGCCAGGAUAAUGGAGGAUAUGAACCGGGGAAUCGUGGCGGGGAGACUAACGAGAAUGGAGGUGGUCUAGUAGCAUGGGAUGGAGGAGACGACGUAGAGGAAGAGGGGGAGGACCAGAAGGACGGCAGCCGGUUUAUGGAACCGGUGAGACGUCAGCGCCAGGUGGAGCGUCGGAGGGACUGCCCCUAUCUCGAUACCGUCAAUCGUCAGGUUUUGGACUUUGACUUUGAGAAGUUUUGUUCCAUUUCUCUCUCAAACUUAAAUGUAUAUGCAUGCUUGGUUUGUGGAAAGUACUACCAAGGACGAGGCUUGAACUCUCAUGCAUAUACACACAGUCUUGAAGCAGGUCACCAUGUAUACAUUAAUCUUCAAACAGAAAAAGUUUACUGCCUUCCUGAUGGAUAUGAAAUUGAUGAUUCAUCAUUAGAUGAUAUCCGGCAUGUUUUAAACCCAAGGUUUUCUAGAGAACAAGUUCUGCACCUGGAUGAAAACAGACAAUGGUCAAGAGCACUGGAUGGUUCCAACUAUCUACCUGGAAUGGUGGGUCUCAACAAUAUCAAGGAGACUGAUUUUGUUAAUGUCACAAUUCAGUCUUUGAUGAGAGUGACUCCCCUGAGGAACUUUUUCCUAAUCCCUGAAAACUAUCAACACAGCAAAUCUCCACUUAUUCAUCGAUUUGGAGAACUUACACGAAAAAUUUGGCAUGCAAGGAACUUUAAGGGACAGGUCAGCCCCCAUGAAUUUCUACAGGCAGUUAUGAAGGCUAGUAACAAGCGAUUCCAAAUAGGUGUCCAAUCAGAUCCUGUUGAAUUUAUGUCCUGGUUGUUGAAUAUACUGCAUACACAACUUAGACUCUCGAAGAAAAAGGAUCGAAGCAUUAUUUAUGACUGUUUCCAGGGUGAAUUGGAGGUUGUAAAAGAGAUGCCAAAGAAAUCUAUUGCUGAUAAACUAGAUAAUGAAGACGAACAGAAUAAAAAUAGUUUUACAGAGGGUGGAUUACCAGAUGACAAUAUUGUCAGGGAAACAUCUAAAGUUUCGUUCCUAAUGCUUGGCCUUGAUCUACCACCACCUCCCCUGUUUAAGGAUGCAAUGGAGAAGAACAUUAUUCCUCAGGUUCCUCUCUUCAAUAUAUUGAAGAAGUUUGAUGGUGAGACUGUCACAGAGGUUGUCCGGCCUUGUAUAGCUAGGAUGAGAUAUCGGGUCAUCCGACUGCCAAAAUAUUUGAUUCUUCACAUGCGUCGAUUUACAAAAAAUAACUUCUUCAUAGAAAAGAAUCCUACACUUGUUAACUUCCCUGUGAAGAAUCUUGAGUUGAAGGAUUACAUUCCAUUACCCCCGCCAAAGGACAAGAGGAAGUUGCGGUCAAAAUAUGAUCUUAUAGGGAACAUAGUUCACGAUGGGAAGCCAGGCGAGGGAUAUUAUCGAGUGUUCGUGCAGCGUAAAUCAGAAGAGCUCUGGUACGAGAUGCAGGAUCUCCACGUCACUGAAACUCUUCCUCAAAUGGUUGCUCUAUCAGAGGCCUAUAUGCAAAUAUAUGAGCAGCAAGAAUGAUCCCAGCAUGAUUUCCUCACAUUAACCUUGGCUUUUUUACAUUUGGAAGAUGUAGAAUCUACGAAUUGUGUGAUCAAGGCGGCUCUUUUUUGCAGGGCAUAAUCAUGACUGAAGUUAGUUUUAAGUUCAUUUGUUGUGCUUACAGUAUCAAAUGGUCAUGUAAUGAAGAGUAUUCUUAUUCACCGGCAAGAAAAGUGGGUCAUUUAUGAUGUUGAUUCUUGGGAUUUUUGUAAUGAAGCUGGUGGUAGACUUGUAGUCACAACAGGCUCUCCAGGACCCUGAAUCAUUCAUUUAUGCUUCAGAAUUAGAAUGUA